UUUUCGUUCUCGGUGUUUGUAUUAAAAUUGCUUUUAAUUAUAAUAUAAUUUUAUAGUUAUUUGACAAUAGUGCAAGCUUUCAUUGACUUAAUCACGAUGCGUUUAGGUUGACCGAGGUGAAAUUGCUCCGAGUUUGUUUUCAGUCUUGGCUCGCGGCACUCCGUUGACGACUCAUGGGAUAGGGCAGGAUACGACUCGAAAAUUGGAUAGCCGAUUCCCGGAUUUCCGCACUCUUGGAUCCACGGUGAUGCGCAGCACUUCUCGCAUUCUGAUCAGUUCUUUACUCACGACAAUAUCACGCUUGUGGAUUCAACAUGAUUCAGGCAAUGAAGAAAUUUAUCCGACUGGGUUCAGUGCAAGGAAUUCCGAAGUGGAACACUAGAGGCCUGUCGGCUGUAGAUACAAAGUAUAAGAUUUUGGAUAUCAUUAAUUUAACCGGAACGCUCUGUGGCUGCGCUGUUGGAGGUGCAUUUUAUCUCCACAGCGAGCAUCCCAAGAAAGAGCUGAUCGGCGGCGGUUUGGUGGCCAUUCCCUGUGGGAUGGCAACGGGGAUUGCUACGGGCGUCCUUACAGGUGUCUCCCUUAGCCGAGCCAAUGCGACAACUCUGGGAAUUUCAGGGGUAAAAGGUGCGGUAUUCGCCUUCCUAGCGGCGCUCGUAUUCGGGCCUGCUCUGGAGCAAUACCACAUCCUCCAGCCUCAAAACAAACACCGGUCUUUUAUUGACAAUAACAUCUCCUUGAGACGCGGGUUUUACCGGUCUUUACCCCAACAAGACAAAGUUACGGCAUGUUACAUAUGGAUCGACGGGACCCAUGAAAAUCUUCGGUGUAAAUCCAGGACGCUGGACUCAGAGCCCAAAAGCCCAGAAGAUCUUCCCAUCUGGAACUACGACGGUUGGCAUACCUACCAGGCCGAAGGAAGCAACAGCGACGUCUAUUUACACCCUGUAGCAUUGUACCCGGAUCCAUUCACCGGUGGCAAGAACAAGCUCGUGCUGUGCGAAACGUACAAUUACAACAAAAAGCCAACAGAAAGCAAUAAGCGCAGAGCUUGUGCCGAUGUGAUGACUCAAGCUAAAGAUUUUGAGCCCUGGUUUGAAAUUGAGCAAGAAUACUCGCUGUUGGAUGUGGACCGCCGUCCACUUGUCAGCCCGAAAACUGGAUUGGCGGGAUCACUUGGACCGCAUUAUUGCGGGUUAGGGGCAGACGCGAUUUAUGCGCGCGAUAUUAGUGAAGCGCAUUAUCGGGCCUGUUUAUAUUCAGGAAUUAAAAUCCACUUCGCUAGUGCUGGACCAAUGCCGGCUCAGUGGAAAUUCCGUAUUGGGCCUUGUGAAGGCAUUUCUGCAGGAGAUCAAUUGUGGAUUUCUCGAUACCUGUUGCACCGAGUGGCGGAAGAUUUCGGAGUUUUAGUUUCCUUCAGCCCAACACUGGCCAGGGGCGACUGGAAUGUCGCCGGUGGAGAAAUGAGUUUUAGCACGAAAGCCAUGAGAACUCCAGGAAAAAGCUUGCAGGCCAUUGAAGAUGCCAUUGAAAAGUUGGGUAAAGUCCACGCUAAUCACAUUCGCAAUUAUGACCCUAAAGGAGGCCAGGACAAUCAGCGUCGCUUGACUGGACGUCAUGAAACGUCCAGCAUCCAUGACUUUUCCGCGGGUGUAGCCAACAGAGGAUGCAGCAUCCGAAUUCCGCGUCAGGUUGCCGAAGAUGGGCACGGUUAUCUGGAAGAUCGUCGACCGGCAUCCAAUUGUGACCCUUACUCUGCAAAGGAAAUUACCGUGCGCACUACUUGCCUGGAUCAGACUGUGGAAUAGAAAUUAGCAGGUCAACUUGGAACCAGGACAUGCCUCUUAGCGAUUUUGAUAACAUGACAUAUUUUAUUUCUGUUGUCUGAUAGAUUGGUCAGUUUUGUGAUAGCAAUGUUUACUUGUCGUUUUGCAGCAUUGCCGAACCGAAUCUUUUACCGCUUUUAUUUUAAAAGAUUUGCAAUCCAUCCAUUUUUCAGUUUUAGCGUAGACUUGAAGUAUGCAUUUUAUUUUGGGAGAUGUUUUAAUGGGAAAUUCGCUAUUUUCCUAUUCCUUGCCAUAAGCCAUAUCGGUUGCACGACUUCGUCUUGCAAUACCUGAAAUGAAGUUUUGCUAGUUU